AUGCUACGGCGUCCGCGGGAACCGACGCGCUCCGCAACCCUUGUCCGGUGGUGCGGUAGAAUAGUGUUCAAGCUGGACUACUCAACCGAAAACGGACUCUUGGUAUUGUGCAAGAACAUGUACGGUGAAGAUUACAAACCUUGCAACUAUUUUAAGUUAGCCUACAAGGAAUUAUGUCCAGUGUUUCUGGUGGAAAAGUGGACCGAUGAAGUGGAAGAGGGGACUUUCCCCUACAAGUUAUGCUAG